AUGGGCAGAACACAUUUUUGCCUGGUGCCCCGUGGCUCGUCCGCUUGGACCAUCCACCUCUACGAGAGCUUCUUUUUUGGUUGUAUUCCCGUGAUCCUCUCAGACUACUUGGAUGUGCCCUUCCAGGGAAUUGUUGAUUGGCCAGCCUUCAGCAUCAAGUGGCCCGAAAACAAUGUUGGACACGAGUUGCUGGAAUACCUUCGAGGUAUUCCACUGAGGCGCAUUGCGGACAUGAAACGUGAGCUGGAGGAAGCCGCUUGCUUCUUCGAUUUUCAUCGAGGCUGGGGCUUGAGCCAUCAAACCAAUCCAUACACACCCUACGGGCGUUACGGGCACUGGAUCAAAUGGAAGGAAGAGCAAGUUGCAUUGGGGACUGAUUGCCCUUACGUUGGUCAUGGAGACGGCCGGACACUGGAAACUUGCCACCGGAGCUGCUUUGAGAGAUCUUGCAACCUUGUCAACUUCAACACACAGGUGAAGGGCGGUGACUGUGUCCUGAGACGCUGCAGCGACCCAGCGCAGCCUUCCCUCACAGGAGGUGCUGAUGGCUGGCAGGUGUGGUCAAUGGUCAACGAGACCCAGCGUCAGUGCUCACCAUACCAUGCCAUCUUCCGGCAACUCAACCAGCGAUACUGGAAUCGGCCUGUCAACCAUGGGCCCUUUUGGAAGUGA